AUGUCAUAUCUCUCAUCUCUCAAGUGGCAUGAGCAUCCGCUUGCUCUGUUUCCAAGACAAACUUUCUUACCUUGCAAUCUCUGUGCCUUGCCCCAUUCAAACUGUCCUUUCUAUAUCUGCCCCCCUUGUCAAUUUGUGGCCCAUCAAAAAUGUAUCAGCUUACCGCGUGUUAUCAAGAUAUCUCGCCAUCUCCACCGAAUUUCCUUUACGCUUUCUUUCGACCAAGGAGAUUGGUCUUGUGGUGUUUGUCGGAAGAAGAUCCACAAUGAUUUCGGUGGCUAUUCUUGCACCCACAACAAUUGUUCCUACGCUGCUCAUUCGGUAUGUGCCACGCAGAGAAACAUUUGGGAUGGUCAAGAACUUGAGGGUACGCCAGAUGAAGAUGUUGAUGAAGGAGAAGGAGUUGAGCCUUUUCUAAGGAUUGGCAAUGGAAUCAUACAGCAUUUCAGCCAUCAACAACAUUAUUUGAGACUCGAUGAUGAGAAUGCGGACUUUGAUUACGACGAGAACAGAAUAUGUGAAGCAUGUGUCACACCAAUCUAUUUCGGUAACUUCUAUUCUUGUACGCAAUGUGAUUUCAUUCUCCACGAAGAAUGUUCAAAUCUUUCUCGCAAAAUACAUCACCCGAUACAUCCACAUUUGCUCACCUUAGUGACUCAAACUGGUGAUAGAAUCAACAUUGAGAACACAUGUUCAGCUUGUCCGUGGUGCAUAACUGGAUUCUUCUAUGAGUGUGGUAAAGAAGGAUGUAAUUUUAAGCUACACAUUCCGUGCGCCACAAUUUCUGAGCCAUUAAUUCAUGGAAGCCAUAUACAUCCUUUAUUCCUAACAUCUAAACCAGGAGAGCGGAGAAAAUGUGCAUUUUGUGAGGGUUAUAGAAAUGUUUGCUCAGAAACAUUCAAUUGUAUUGAGUGUGAUUUUUCUUUGUGUUUCAUGUGUGUUACUACACCUCAAAAGGUGAGGUAUAAGCACGACAAGCAUAUGUUCACACUUUCCUAUGGGGAUGAGACAAGUACCAUGACGAAUUGGUGUGAAGUUUGCGAGAGGAAAAUAACUCCAAAAGCUAGGUUUUAUUCUUGUGAUGAGUCUUGUUCUGUCACGUUACAUAUUCAUUGUCUGGCUGGGAUAGACGAGUACAUGAAGCCGGGUUUAUUGUUGAUACACCCCACUGGUGUAAACAUAGAUGUUCUGCGCAACAAUUGCAUGUCUCGACCUAUCUGCAAGCUCUGUCGAAAGCGUUGUCGGUACCAAAUAGUGUUCCAAUGUUCCGGAUUCAUAUUUUGCCGCAUAUAUUGUGUACUUAAUGGUUUCUGGAGCGAAGUGAUCUAA